AUGCUUACAGCUCUGACCGAGGCAAUAAUGCAACAACAGAGGCAACAACCUUUACCUCCUUCGCCUCUGCCGGUACAGGUUGAACUGGAAAAAAAUGACAUUAUCAACUUGACUCAGAAGUUCAUGAAAAUGAAGCCACCCACUUUCUUAGGUGGCAUUGAGCCGUUGAAGGCAAAAACAUGGCUACUUAAGAUGGAAAAAUUAAUCGAGGUCCAUCCUUGCUUUGAGACUCAAAAGGUUCUUUUGGCCACCUAUACCUUAAAGAAUGAAGCUCGUAGAUGGUGGUUGCUAGUCCGAAGUAGUAAUGAGAACAUGACACGGGCUCAAUUUAAUACAAUUUUCUAUGACAAGUACUUUCUGCAGUGCUUUCGGGAUCGAAAGGUUUUAGAAUUUCAAGAACUCAAGCAAGGCAGAAUGUUUGUAGCUGAGUACGAGGCUAAGUUUACUAAGUUAGCCAGAUUUUCUCCUCAUAUGGUGGACACGGACUAUAAGAAAGCCCGCAAAUUUGAGGGUGGAUUGGAUUUAGAUAUACUAGAUCGGGUAGGAGUCCUCAACCUACCUACGUAUGUGAAUGUAUUGGAUAGAGCAUUGAUGGUGGAAGCCAUUUUGGUAGCAAAGAAACAAGCUCUUGUUCCAACAAGUGAAUGGAGGGGCAAAAGAUCGGGGUCUAAUUUCAAAAGAGGUCGGUCAUUCUUAAAGAAGCAAAAUACGGGAUCUUACAGUAGCUUAAGCCAAAGUAGUGGAUCUGUGCCGACUUGCUCAGAAUGUGGUAGAAAACACAAGGGGGUUUGUUAUCGAGCAUCAGGUGCCUAUUUUAGGUGUGGUAAAAUUGGCCAUGUGAUGAGAGAUUGUCCUAUCAGGCUCGAAAAUACCAAUCAUCCCACAACAAGUUCAGCUGGAUCCACCUCAUCAUCAAGAAUGAACACAAAAGCUAAUACCGGGAAGGAAACACUAAGGCAAGGGAGAGUAUUUGCUCUAGUACCUGGAGAUGUACAGAAUCUUGAGCCAGUAGUGUCAGCUGCUAUAUCUGCCCAACCCAUAAUUAUUGAAGAGAUAAGAGACAAACAACUGCAAGAUUCAUUCUUGAAAAAGAUUGUGGAUGAAAUCGACUCAAAGCCAAGGCCCGAGUUUGUACUUGAGAAUAAUGUGUUGAAAUUUUAA